CAGUGAUGAACCAGUGUAAAUCCAGACACAUGGUGAGGGCGUUUUAGUCACUAAAUUCAAAUAUAAACAAUAUACCCACUGGCUCUCCGUCGAAAGGCUCAGUGGCCCUGCUCCAGCUCGAUGCCCGUGUCCUUUGUUCCUCUACCACAUCCUAGAUAACUCCCAAACGCCAUCUCUACUCUCUAGAGAGAGAAACAACCAUCACAGAGGAGAGAGAGACUCAGAGUCUCAGAGACACAAACACACAGAGAUCAAAAGCUUCAGAGUUUUCAGAUCAAAUCCAAGUUUGCAAAUGUAACUUUUCCAACCCAGAAAACCAUCCGAGAAGUUAGUUAGCAGCUGCUAAAACACUGUAAUUUUUGGAGCAGCAAUCGAGCUGAUCAGGAGCAAAAAUGGGGUGCUGCUAUUCGAGGGUAGAACGGGAAGAAAUGGUGUCGAGAUGCAGAUCGAGAAAGCGGUACAUGAAGCAGCUGGUGAAAGCACGGCAAGCUUGGUCGGCGGCUCACACAAUGUACCUCCGCUCUCUCCGCAGCACCGGUUCUGCUCUGCUCCAGUUUUCAAAUGCCGAAACUACCCUCCACCACCACCUCAACCACAACCACCACAACAAUAGUUACCGCUCAGCGCCGCCGCCACCGCCGCUACAAACCCCGCCUACCCCACAACCACCGCCACCGCCACCUCCACUCAGCUCAAGCUCCGACUCUUGGACAACAUCCACCACGCCCUCAACAGCUCUUCCACCUCCUCCUCCUCCUCCGCCGCCGCCGUCGUCCACCUGGGAUUUCUGGGACCCAUUUGUGGCUUCCUCUUCGAGGGCAGUAACGGAAGAAGGGUGGGAGGCUACGACCACCGCCUCCGACGCGGUGGUCACCGUCACGGCGGCGAGCACGGCGCCUCCACCGUCUGUGGUGAGUGAGUUUUCCAAAGAGAGCGGCACGACGAGUGAGCUGGCGAUGGUAGUGUCGAGAAAUGCUAAGGAUCUGGUUGAGAUUAUAAAGGAGCUGGAUGAGUAUUUCCUCAAGGCGGCUGAUGGCGGCGGGCUUCUCUCAUUGCUGUUGGAAGUUCCCAGAUUCUCUUCUUCUCAGACCAAAGGAGGUAAAGUUUAUGAUCAUGGGUGUAAUUUGAGUCCGUCGCUGUGGACAUGGGGAAGUUCAAGUCAAAAAUCUGGAGUAUUCGGAAAAAUGGGUUGUGACGAGAUGGUGCUUAGUCAAGUAGGCAGUGGGGUUGGAGAUGAAGGUGUGGUGAGUAGCAGCCAUUGUUCUACUGUGGAGAGACUUUAUGCAUGGGAAAAGAAACUAUACCAGGAGGUCAAGGAUGCAGAGACACUAAAGGUAGAGCAUGAGAAGCGGGUGUCAACACUGAAGAAGCUAGAGAUGAAGAGGGGAGACUAUGUGAAGACAGAGAAGACGAAGAAAGAGGUGGAGAAGUUGGAGUCACAAAUGAUGGUUUCUUCACAGGCCAUUGACACAACUUCUGCUGAAAUCAUCAACCUUCGGGAGACUGAGCUCUACCCUCAACUCAUUGAGCUUGUCAAUGGAUUGAUGUGCAUGUGGAGAAGCAUGUACGAGUGCCACCAGGUCCAAAAGCAUAUUGUUCAGCAGCUCAAAUACCUCAACACCAUACCAUCUACCGAACCCACGUCUGAGAUUCACCGGCAAGCAACACUGCAGCUCGAGCUUCAAGUCCAGCAGUGGCACCUAUCAUUUUGCAGCCUGGUCAAGGCUCAGUGUGAUUAUAUCCAGUCUCUCACAGGAUGGCUCCGUCUUAGCCUUUUCCAGUUUCGGAGACAUCCAAUAGCAAAGACAAGUCAAGAAUCAAGAAUUUACACGCUUUGCGAAGAAUGGCACCAUGCAAUUGACCGGAUUCCGGACAAAGUAGCAUCAGAAGGAAUCAAGAGCUUUUUAACCGUAGUGCAUGCUAUUGUAGUUCAACAAGCAGACGAAUACAAGCAAAAACGGAAGUCAGAAUCUACUUUUAAAGAGCUUGAGAAGAAGGCAACUGCACUUAGAUCGCUGGAGUCCAAGUAUGGCCCAUACUCGAUGCCUGACUCCUCAAGCAAUGCUAAAAAGAACCCAGUUGCUGAGAAGCGAGCAAAGGUAGAGGUCAUUAGGGCAAAAGCCGAAGAAGAGAAGAGCAAGCAUGAAAAGUUAGUGAGUGUGACAAGGACCAUGACAAUAAAUAACUUGCAGAUGGGGUUUCCACAUGUCUUUGAGGCAAUGGUCGGGUUUUCAAGUGUGUGUAUGCAGGCUUUCGAGCAACUAUAUAACCAAGCGAAAAGUGCUAAUGAGGAGCUUGACGUUAAGAGGUUACUACCUUGAUGAAAAAAAAUUCAAAUUCAGGAGGAUUGGCAACAUGGUAAUCAGUUCUCUCUGUAUAUCGCGCUUCAGUAAGCUUGAUGUUAAAUGACAACUACGGGAAAUGACUCAACUUCAAGAGGAAUGACAGCAGUGAAAUCAGUUUUCAUGUAUAGAUAGACGCACAUCCUUUCAGUAACCGAUAACCGUAGCGGAGGAGACUAGCAGUGGCAGGAUUCCCCCUUUCGAAGAUAAACUUGACAGUUUACGCAGAUUGGGAAAAGAAUGCAUACAGAAGAGGUUGAGUAUUCGGAAUGCAAAAGAGAAAGGAGGAUUCUAGUUAGUUUUCUACUCCAUAUCUUUGUUCUGUUUUGUCGCGGGAAGAGAGUUCGGAAUGUUUUGUUUAGCUUGAUAGUUUCCUUUUUCUUCUUUUAGGUUGACUGUUUAGUUUAGUUUAAUUAUUCUUAAUGAAGGUGUUUUUUGGUUUGUUUACCAGUUUGUAUGUUCGAAUUUCUAUGACAAUUUUUAUGAACCACAAACUUCGGGUUCGGAGUUAA